ACAGAAGUCAUGCAGCGCUGUAAUUUGUUCUCAAUUUUAGUUAUCAGUUUAUUAGCAUAUAUAAGCGGUGACAAAUAUCAAUCAUCAACACGAUUUCAGGUGAUUGCUAUACGGAAGAUGCAAGAGCGUCAUGGAGAAAUUUUAAAUGACUUGAGUUCGAAACUGAACAGUUGCCUGUCCCAAACCGGACCAACUACUCAACUAUAUGGAAAGAGUUGUGAACCUUCGGUACUCACGCAACACAGUGAAAUCAACGUGAUCGUGGUGCCGGAGUACAGUGAACGCCCCUUUGUGGUGGCCUGCGAUCAACUGAGUCACGGAGGCGGGUGGACAAUCUUUCUACGGCGAACCGACGGCAGCGAGGAUUUCUUCCGGGAUUGGAAUGACUACAAAAACGGUUUUGGGAAGUUGGAGAACGAGUUUUUCCUGGGACUCGAUAAGCUGCACGCCAUAACUUCAUUACAAAGCCAAGAACUGCUGGUUCUGCUCGAGGAUAAUGAGGGAGAUCGGCGAUACCAGCUGUACGACAACUUCAGGAUCGGAUCGGAACAGGAUGGCUUCGCCCUGGAGUCCUUGGGCAACACUUCGGGUAAUGCAGGAGAUGCCAUGGCCACUCAUUUGGGUCAGAAGUUCACCACCAAAGACCGCGACAACGACAAGCACGCCACGCUGAACUGCGCCACAAAUUACAACAGUGCUUGGUGGUACAACGCCUGUCAUCACAGCAACUUGGCUGGCAAAUAUGGCGACAACACCCAUGGAAAGGGCAUCAACUGGUAUCAGUUUAAGGGACACACCUACUCGCUAAAACGUGCGCAAAUGAUGAUAAGACCGAAAAGGUCUUAGAAUUAGGUCAUUAGAAGCAUCAUGUGUUGAUUUUACUUAUUGAUGCUUUUCAAGAGAAUGAUUUGAUGCAGUUGCUGAUUAGCCAGGUUAAAGUGCUUGUAACCUAUCGCCUAUAAAACACAUAAUAAAGACUUACUAUAAAUGAUUUAAA